AUGCCUCAACGCCGCUCCAGCUACCCUCUCUCUUCGCCGUCCGAGUCGACGGGCAGGGGUCAGCAAGAGUGGCACAGUUCCAAACAACAACAGAGUCACCCUCAGGUCCCGGCAACCCCCUCCGCUGCGGCUGCUCGGUUGAUCAAAAACUCCUUGUCGGCUUUUGACGAUUCAACCCCCAGCCCUCCACUUCUGCCUACAUCCCAGCAGCAGCUGAAUGAAUAUCGGGCCAGGCUGGCUCGCGACCUCGAGCUGCGCGAGCUCUCUGCCAAGGGCGUCGUCGUGGCUCACCCGCAAAAGACUCGCUUUUCCCCCAUUCUGGAGGAGAGCGCGGGUGCAGCAAGCUCGCCAAUGUUGACGGCAGGUCUCACCACCUCCGCCACCUCCGCCACCUCCACCGAGUCUGGCAACACCGUUCGCGGAGGCGCAACACCGGCAGCAGCAACCGUCUACACGCCUUCGUACCCUUUCCCUCGCAUGGCUGGAGCUGCCGGCCAGUAUGCAAGAGUCAUUCCACAGCUCCCGGCGAGUCCGGCGUCGCGGCAGCAGAUGCCCUCCGUGUUCGAAUAUCGGGGAAUGCCUGAAAGAGUCCCCUGCGAGUCCCCCGCGACAGCAUCGUCUUUCGCUUUCGAACCCUUGCCAUCCCGCGACUACCCCCUCGACUAUGAUUUUCCCGCUCCUAACCUCUACGACCUGUCGCUCAUGCUGUCCGCCGAACCCGGCCUGGAUGCCUGGUGGAGCACCGUGGUGCAAAUCAUGCGGGACAUCUACAAAGCCGAGCGCGUGACUCUUGCCGUCCCGGCGGACACUACCGACCUUGAAAAUGUUCCGUGGGGUCAAAAGGCUACUUACAACGCACACCAGGAGGACGAUUUCAGCCUGGGUUAUUUGGCAAAGGGCAGCAUCCACCACCACAAGAGCAGCGACUGCGAGGCUUCCGAAGGCCCGGCCUCUUUGGAAAGUGCCGCCGCUGGCUCCGUCAACCUGCCUAGGCCAGGCCUGCAAAGUCGCCAUUCAUUCACUGCGUUUGAGGAGAGCAGACAGCAGUCGCAGGAUCGCACCUCAGUCCUGAAAAGGCCCACGCCUCUGAUGAGGAGCAAGACGCAGCAGCAUUCGUCUCAUCGAGCUGCGGCGGAAAAUGCGGCCGAACCUCGAGGGGAUUUCGUGCAUCUGAACAAGGACGCAUUGAGCGAGCAUGAUGCCGCUCGUGAAGCGCAGCACGAGAUACCAAGCUGGGAAGCCCCUUACGUGGCACGUUAUCAAGGUCAGGGUCGCGUGUUACCCGUCCUGCAAGCGUUGGAUUACGAAGCAGAUCCCCUGAUUGACCACGCAGGCAUUGCGCGCGUGCUCGAGCGCGGCCGUACCGUAGCGCUGACUCGGACAUAUCCCUACCUCCCCCGAAAUGAACCAGAGCCGGAUCAAGGAUCGGAGCAGAGAGCGAGCUCGAAGGGAGGGACCGUCGAUGCCAAGAAACCCAGGAGACAGCGUACCGACUCUGUUUCCAAGCUAUCCUCGCUUCUGCCCGGCACAUCGCGUGCCAAAGGGUCCCAUGCUUCCGACAGCGGAAAGACGAGCGGAAAGACGAUGUCGUCGUCGUCUCACUACCUGGAUGACGAAGAUCGAAAGCCCUCUACUCCAAAGUAUGAGGAGUACGAACAGGCGCCAUCCUCUCCUUGGUCGCAGUCUCCCGCGCCCUCCCCUGCCGUCCGAGCCGAUGCAUUGGAGAACCCGUUCUUUACAGAUGCCAUGGUUGACGAAGAGAGCUUCAACCCUGGCUCGCCACCCUCCAGCUAUACCGGAAUGCGCCCACCGGAAGCCAUCGGCGUUGACAACUCUUGGACCGUCCUCCACAUCCCUCUUACCCACGUCCUCCUCUCGAAACCCACCAGGACCUUUAAGCUCGACGGCGCUGCCCUGGAAAUCAAAUCGCAGACGCGAUCCAAGGACGAGUGCCCGCCCGACCGCAAGCAGACGCCGGAUGCGGAUCGCGUAACGCAAGAACAGCUGAAGAGAAACCGUUCCGCUCCGAUCGCCAUCCUCUCCAUCCUCAGCACCGUGAUACCGUAUCCAUCUGCUCUAAGGCAUUCGCUUGAACACCUUGCGCCUCAUAUGGCGACCUCGUUUUCUCUGUGCCGUCACUACAGCAACCUCGAGACGGAGCUGGCCGGCCUCCAGCGGCGGAGACCUUCGACAACUGGCUUUGGCGCCGUCGCACCAUUCGCGAACCAAGGCGAUGCUACCGCGCAUGCGGUUUCGCGGACUAUGCUCCCGCAGGGCUCAGGAGGCGGAAGCAUAACAAGUCCGAGCGACUAUUCGGCCAUCUCCAAAAGCACCACCGCUUCCCCGAUGGCAACGCCGGGAUGGGAGCCUGGCUCACUCAGUCACUUCAUGGACAGGAGACUACCUCUCGGCAGUCCCUCGGUGACUUGUCAAGGAGCGGAAAGUUACUUUGCCAGCAAGCAGAGGGCGGCGUUGAAGCACGAAAUAGACACCGCUCCUGCCAAGGAGAGAUCAAGAGCGGCGUCCAAAGAAGGCUCACCUAGCGAGAGCAGACAGUCGUUCCUAUCCAGUGCCAGGAUCGGACAUGAGGUUUCCAGUCCAGAGCAGGCGGCAGCGAAGAGCUGUCCUGAGGCCGACGAAGGCGCCGCCGCCAAGUUUAGGAAAGACGGCAGCAGCCUCCCUGGCGAACACGAAGAUGCCGUUGCCAACCCGGCUGGCGAGUCGACGGCCCCCAGGCCAACGACUAUGGACAGGGCUGCUGGCGGUUCAAGCAAGGUUGAACGCGGCCGCCACUCCGUGUUGCACAGCUACGGGGCAGACUUUGCGUCGACAUUUCAGUCUCUCCCUCCAAGCUCCAGUGUGACGUCAAAACUGCCGCCGACGCCGGCGACACCGUCGCGGAGUGGCUCUUCGAUCCCCACGGUCGGUGACAUGCCGCCUCCGUCCGACAAACUCAAGGGACUCAUCCUCGAUUCGCUGCCCGCCCACGUAUUCGUCUCUUUACCGCAGACGGGAGAGACGGUGUGGGUCAACAGCCGCUUCUUAUCCUAUCGCGGGCAAACCGUGGCGGACCUGUCCGCCGACCCCUGGGGCAGCAUUCACCCCGACGACAGAGAGGGUUAUCUCAAAGCCUGGGGCCACUCUCUACGAACCGGGGAGCAGUUCUCCAGAACCGUGCGCAUCAAAAGGUUCGACGGCGCCUACCGUUGGUUCUACGCGCGAGCUGUGGCGUCCAAGGACAAACGCGGCGUCAUCAUGCAGUUCCUGGGCUCCUACAUGGAUAUUCACGACCAGCACAUUGCUGAGCUGAAGGCUGCCCGGCAAGAGGAAAUUGAAGCUUCGGAGGCGAAACACAGGCUGCUCGCCAACCUCAUCCCGCAAAUCAUAUUCACCGCAACGGAAGACGACGGCAUCACGUUUGCCAACGAUCAAUGGCUGUCCUAUACUGGCCAGAGCUUCGAGGAUUCGCUCGGGCUUGGGUUCAUGGACUUUGUGCAUCCAGAAGAUCUGACAAGGUGCAGGAUCCCCCACGACCGAGGCACCACCAAGCCCUCGAAUGCUCGAUCCCUGAGCGACGAGACGAGCAGCAGCAGCAGCAGCAGCAACAACAACAACAACAACCCUGCUGCCGGAACGCUCUCGUCCUGCAAGACCGGCACAUGCGCACCUCGAGGCGAGCAUGAGGCUCCUCCGCAUCAUCUUGGCGGCGCCGGAGGUUUGAGCCUGCAUCAUGCGCAGCAGCAGCCUUCAAUGUCCCGCACGAGCAGCUCUGACAGUGAUUCCGUGUACUCGCUUCCUUCCGCCGAACUGACGGAACUGGCUCGCCAGGGCAUCAUCAAGGUGGCCAUGGACACGAGCGGCCGGCUUUCCUACACCACCGAGGUCCGUCUCCGAUCAAAGACUGGCGAGUAUCGCUGGCAUCUCAUUCGCUGCGUCGAAAUCGACACGCUCGACUUUGGUCAAGGAGCUAGCUCCUACUUUGGUUCUGCCACGGACAUCAACGACCACAAGCUGCUGGAGGCCAAGCUCAAAGAGGCCAUGGAGUCCAAGGGCCGAUUCUUGAGCAACAUGUCUCACGAGAUACGAACACCGCUCAUUGGCAUCUCGGGCAUGGUCAGCUUUCUGCAGGACACAACCCUGAACGAGGAGCAGAGGGACUACACCAAUACGAUCCAAACGAGCGCCAACAGCCUGAUCAUGAUUAUUAAUGAUAUACUGGACCUGUCCAAGGUUGAUGCCGGCAUGAUGAAACUCAAGUACGAGUGGUUUCAUACCCGGUCUUUGAUUGAAGACGUGAACGAGCUCGUGUCAACCAUGGCGAUUGCGAAGCGUCUCGAGCUGAACUACCUGGUCGAAGAGGACGUGCCAGCGUGGGUCAAGGGCGACAAGGUCCGAAUCCGCCAAGUCUUGCUCAACGUCAUUGGAAACGCCAUCAAGUUCACCUCGGAAGGCGAAGUAUUUAGUCGAUGCAGAGUGUGCACGGACAGCGACGCCUCCUCGGACCCGACUCGGCACGAAAUCGUGCUUCAGUUUGCCAUAAUCGACACCGGAAGGGGGUUUACCAAGGAGGAGGCCGAGCUCAUAUUCAAGCCGUUUAGUCAGAUUGACGGGAGCAGCACGAGACAGCACGGCGGGAGCGGUCUCGGUCUUGUCAUCUCGCGACAGCUGGUAGAGCUCCACGGAGGCAAGAUGGAGGGCAGCGCCAUCCCGGGCAAGGGAUCGACCUUUACCUUUACGGCGCGGUUCACCCUGCCGUCUGCCGAGGACCACCCCAACGCCCCGGUCAGUCCGGAGUCAUCGGCGCCGGCAAGUUCGAGGCAGGGCUCGUCUGAGGAUGUAGUGCGUCUUGCAAGCAAGGGCGCGCAUGGCGCGGACAAUGAUGGCAGCGGCGGCGGUGGCGGCGGUCCAAAAGAAAUCGCCGGCCCUAGGCCCGCGGACCAUCACCACCACCCAGCUCCUCCGAGCCCAAUGUCGGUACUGGUUCCCGGCAGCUCCGAUUCGUCGGCCCGUCUCGGCAGACACCUACCCCUGUCGCCCUCGACUCGAUCGGUCAGCUCUGGACUGGCACGGUUUAGCGAGGCAGCCAAGGCCAGUGGGCAGGACUUGUCCCAGAUGAAGCUCGAGCUGACGGCCGAAAGAGGCUCGGCAUACCGAACGUCAAUGUCGGAAGUGGAGAGCUCGCGGCCGACGAGCGACUUCCGGCCGCCGGCGUACUCGAUCCUGAUUGUUUGCGCGCAGCACCACAGCCGAGAAGCUACGACGAAGCACAUUGAAAUGACGCUGCCCAAGGAGGUGCCCCACAGCAUCACGGCUGUGGCGACGAUUGAAGAGGCCGAACCCUUCCUCGGCGGCGACGACGACCCCGUCAUGUUCACGCACAUUGUCCUGAACCUGGCCCCUGCCGAAGACAUCAUGGACGUCAUGGACCGGAUCACCCUGCUGCGGAGGAUUGAGGGAACCAUGAUUGUGAUUCUCAUCGAUUCCACCCAGAGGCAGGCGGUGCAGAAACUGGCAGCCGACACCAAGCACGAGCGGGUGCUGACGGAAAACACGGUGACCUUUAUCUACAAGCCGGUCAAGCCGUCGCGAUUCGCCGUCAUCUUUGAUCCCGACAAGGUGCGCGACUUCAGCGUGGACCGGAACCGGUCCACGGCGCAGCAGAUGGUGGAGAGCCAAAAGGCCAGCUAUCAGGAGAUUGGCAAGCGGAUGGGCAACAAGGGCUACCGGGUGCUGCUGGUCGAGGACAACCCGGUGAACCAGAAGGUGCUCAACAGGUAUCUUAAGAAGAUUGGCGUGGAUGUCGAGGUGGCCGUUGACGGGGCCGAGUGCACCGAGAUUGUCUUGGCCAAGCCACACGGGUACUAUUCACUGAUUCUGUGUGACUUGCACAUGCCUCGUAAAGACGGCUACCAAGCAUGCCGUGAAAUACGACGGUGGGAAAAUGCGGCCGGCUUCCGCAAGAUGCCAAUCAUUGCCCUCUCGGCCAACGUCAUGUCGGAUGUGCAGGAAAAGUGCAUCGCGGCCGGGUUCAGCGACUAUGUGACUAAGCCGGUCGACUUUAUCGAUCUCAGCCGAGCCAUGGCCAAGUUUUUCUAG